CAUGUGGACAAGUUGCUGUCAACAGACUCUGUCGCGGGGAAGUGGAACGUUAUUUCUGUCCGGGGGGCUUCAGUAGCCUCUCCGCGGCCCACCAUGGAUCUGCUACCCCGCACGGCCGUGGAGUUCAGCUCCGCGGAGUACUGGGAGAGGUUUUUUAAGAAGCGCGGGGAGAAGGCUUUCGAGUGGUACGGAGACUACAACAAACUUUGCGGCGUGCUGCACAAAUACAUCAAGGUCCAAGAUAAGGUGCUGGUGGUCGGCUGUGGCAACUCGGAGCUGAGCGAGCAGAUGUACGACGUCGGCUACAAGCGCCUCACCAACAUUGACAUCAGCGAGACGGUGGUGACCCACAUGAACCAGAGGAACGCCGAGCGCCGGCCGGGCCUCGUCUUCCAGCAGGUGGACGCGACUCAAACGCCCUACGAGGACGCCAGCUACCAGGCCGCUCUGGACAAGAGCACGCUGGACGCCAUGGCGUCGGAGGAGGAGGGAGCCCUGGCCAGGAGCAUGCUCACCGAGGUGAGCCGCGUGCUCGCCGUCGGCGGGCGCUACGUCUGCGUGACGCUGGCGGAGGAGAGCGUGGUCAAGCUGGCCGUGGAGCACUUUGUGCGGCUGGGCUGGGCCGUGAGGCUCCACUGCCUGCAGGAGGAGAGCGGGCGCCAAGAGGACUCCUUCGCGCUGCCCGUCUUCGUGCUGGUGUGCACCAAGUUCCGCCGGCCGAUGGCCGCGCCCAUCCUGGAGAUGUGCCUCGGGGAGGACGGCGCCCCGGCGCGCCUCGCGAGCGUCGCCGACCUGCUGACGGCCGUGCGCGAGCGCCAGGCCUACGCCGUGUUGAAGAAGAGGCUGCGCAGCGGCACGGACGCCGGCUCCAACCUCUCCCUCAGCCUGUGCCACGCCGGGACCGGCCUCCCCCGGUACACGCUCACGGUGCAGGAUUGUCCCCCGGGGGCCAAGGUGCCCAGAUCGAACCAGUUUGCCAUUUUUAUCGUGCCUCAGGGCAGCGAGACCGCCUGGCUCUACAGCUCCGCGGAGGGGCGGCGGCAGCUGGCGGCCAGCGCCAACUUCCGCCGCCUGGUCGUGGCGGCGAUGCACAGGAACCAGGAGUACACGGACAUGCAGGCCGUCCAAUCGGAGCUCUCGCCGAUGGUGAUGGACCUGGCUCCGCCGGGCAUGCCGGCCAACCAGCAGGUGCCGUUUCUGUCGGUGGGAGGCGACCUGGGCUGGCGAGAGGAGGUCAGCAGGGGCGUGAGCGAGCUGAGCGGGGAGUACUGUGUGGAGAACGUCCGAGGGGAAGACGGGGAGCUGUACCGGAGACUCAUCUUCCUCUCCAAUGCCGCUCUCGUCCAAUCGGAGAGCCGCCUCGUCCCGUCGAGCAGCGCAUCGAGUCACAAGAAGAGGAACAAAAAGAAGACCAAGCCGACCUCGUCCUGCGCCUCGCUGCCGGUGGACAGCAGCUUCCUCUGCUGCGCUCACCACGAGGUCAUGGUGGCCGGCCUCGCCGCGCUCGGAGUCGGCACGCCGGAGAACAAAGGCGUGCCGGUGUCGGUGCUCCUGGUGGGGCUCGGCGGAGGAGGCCUGCCUCAGUUCCUCCGGGACUUUGUGCCCGACGUCGCCGUCGAGGUGGUGGAGCUGGACCCCGUCGUGAUGCAAGUGGCCGAGGAAUGGUUCGGCUUCCGACCCGACGAGCGCCUGACCGUCACGCUGGGAGACGGCCUCGAACGCAUCUGCGCCCUGGAGGAAGGAGGUGAUCGUUUGUUCGACGUGGUCAUGUUCGAUGUGGACAAUAAAGACACCAGUCUGGGUAUGAGCUGUCCCCCCGCUGCCUUUGUAGAAACCUCCAUCCUGCAGAAGGUCUGCAGACUGCUGACCCCCAGAGGUGUCUUCAUCCUGAACCUCGUGUGCCGGGACUCGGCCUUGAGGAGAAGCGUGCGUGAGCGCGUGAGCGCCGAGUUUCCCACCAUCCUCUCCCGGAAGGUCGAAGGCGAGGUCAACGAGGUGCUGCUGUGCUCUCGCGGCGCGGCAGACGGGUCGUCGGACGCCGCCCGGGCCCUCCCGGCCCUGAACCGGGCGGCCAAGAGCCUGCAGGGCGCGCUGCUCUCCGGCGGGAAUGGAACCAGCAGCCGCCGCCGCCCGCACAUCGACGUGGCGGAGCUGUUAAAGGACCUGCGAGUGGAGUGAAGUCUGACACGCUGACAUACCAGAGAGAGAGAGAGACAUUCACCAUGUGCAAUCUAAUAAAAAGUAUGUUGAUGCAG